AUUUUACACAUUCCCUCCUAUUUCCCAGUGGCUAUUUUAAAACGACACUGCGGAAAUACUCCAAUUGCUCCCUCCAUUGUAUCUGAAGACCAAACAUUGACUGGAAAAUUUGUAGUUGACUGUGUAUAGACCGUGAGAUUGCACUUGGCUCUGGAAUCACAUUGUUAUUUCUUUACUAACCAAAAGAUUUCUGCAGUUUGAAUUCAAUGAAUUCCCCAGUGCCACCCAGUGAAGAUGAUGAAGAAACACAGGCCAAAGCAGUUAAAGGCAGAAAUUAUGUCCUGAAUGAACUUAUUGAAACGGAGAAAAUUUAUGUGAAAGACUUGGGAGCUGUAGUAGAGGGCUACAUGAAAAAAAUUGAAGAAAAGGGAGUUCCAGAUGAUAUGAAAGGAAAAGAUAAGAUCAUUUUUGGAAAUAUUCAUCAGAUCUAUGACUGGCACAAGACUUAUUUCUUGGGAGAAUUGGAAAAAUGCCUCGAGGAGCCAGACUAUUUGGCAAAUCUCUUCAUCAAGCAUGAAAGGCGCUUGGGAAUGUAUGUCGGGUACUGCCAAAAUAAGCCAAAAUCUGAGUACAUUUUGGUUGAAAAUGAUGCCUACUUUGAGGAACUAAAACUGGAUUUGGAUGAGACGUUUAGCCUGAGUGACUAUCUCAUCAAACCCGUUCAGAGAAUAACUAAGUACCAACUUUUGCUUAAGGAUUUCUAUAAAUACAGUGAGAAAGCUGGUUUCGACACUUCAGAGAUUGUGAAAGCAGUCGGUGUGAUGCACCUUGUGCCAAAACGCUGCAAUGACAUGAUGAAUUUGGGAAGACUUGAAGGAUUUAAUGGUAAGCUCACUGCACAGGGCCAGUUGCUGCAACAAGAUACCUUUCUUGUGACUGAGCAGGAUUCUGGAGUUCUGCGCCGAAACAAGGAACGACGAGUCUUUCUCUUUGAGCAGAUUUUAAUCUUCAGUGAACUGCUGAACAGGAGUUCCUCAACACCAAGGUAUAAUUUCAAGAAGAGCAUAAAGAUGAAUAAGCUAAACAUUGAGAGCAAUGUGAACGACGAACUUUGCAAAUUCGCUCUGACCUCCACUGGAACCACUGAGCGCUUGAUCUUAGAGGCAACGAACAGAGAAAUCUAUGAAGCUUGGGUUUGUGAUAUCAACAAAGCACUUGACCUUCAAAAGAAUUUGUUGAAUGCAUUGCAAUCACCAGUCGAGUACCAGAGAAAACUGACUCCAAAUCAUUUCAGCAUAAAACCAAAAUGAAAAUAUUAUUCCAACCCUACCUUGCACCCUGGACUCCUGAAUGCUUUGAUAAGUAAUAAUACAAUAUAUAUGAGCAAAGCAAGCCACCUGAAUAUGUUUCAACCUAAUAUCAAUAGUCAUAACAUAACUGGUGUUCCCCGCCACU